AAAAAAAAAAAAAAAAAAAAAAACGCCAAUCGCGAGGCUGCGGUACCCAAACCCACUCCAGCUUGACCCUGUCGGAGCAGCACUUGAUCGCCCAACGCAAUGGUGUGCUUCAAGUUCCGAAAGGAGGAGAAGUCGAGUUUCUUCCGCCGGAUGACAACCUUUGGAUUCGGCUCGCCUGUUCACGGGAGAAAUGUCAUGCGAGAGGUGAUAGUCGCAGCACUCGCCUGCAACGUCAAAACCCUCAUUGGUGUCCACAUAUCGUCGAGCUUUCACGAGAGCGUCAAGAGGCACGUCAGGCACGUCUACGACGAGAUCCGGAACGACGACCGACUCUUGUCGCGCGAGAAACUCGGUGCCUUUCUCAGGGAGACCCAGGGCGUCGAGCAGUUUGACCUCGAUUCUAAGGACCGCCGAGAUAUCAAGUUCGACGAGUUCUUUUGGCUUUGGAGCCAGAAUGAAUCGGCCUGGCGCGCAGCAGGAGAGAGCCGACAGAAGGAGGUGGAUGCCACACAUCCGAUAAGUCACUACUUUAUAAGCAGCAGCCACAACACUUACCUCGAGGGCAAUCAACUGUCCUCGAGGAGUUCUGCUGAUGCUUACCGCGCGGUACUGAGGAACGGGUGCCGCUGUAUCGAGAUUGAUGUCUGGAACGGGGCCGCUCCCCGGACGCCAUCCAGGUCCCCGAAUCCGGGACAUAAAAGACAUUUUUCUUCUAGCUCCCUCCCGCGCUUCGCCGGGGAAAAGCUCGGCGCCAAAGUGAGCCGGCACCACAGCCGCAGUCCGAGCGCCGUCCAGACCGCUUUCCCGCCAUUGGAUCCCAGGGAAAGUAGCACCACGCUGGAUCCAAAAGAGCUGAGCGACGACCGCCUCGAAAAGUCCAGAGACUCGUCCAGGUCGAAUCAGGGAGUCGAGCCGGUAGUCCACCAUCACGGCACAAUGACCUCCACCGUAGGUUUUCGGGAAGUCUGCCGGGCCAUUCGAGAGAGUGCGUUUGAGAACAACCCGCUCCCGAUCAUCGUCAGCCUCGAGGUAGGCGCGGACAGGGAACAACAAGAGGUCAUGGUGGACAUCAUGAAGGAGGAAUGGGGAGAGCUGUUACUGGAUAGGCACUUUGACGCUUGUGACCCGACUCAGCGGCAGCCCCGGCUAGAGGAGCUGUACGAAAAGAUCUUGAUCAAAGUGAAGCGUCUGGACGACAGCCGGGUCGUGGGCGACGUGGAGAGGGGACGCAGCAUCACGAUCCCAACCCUGAAUGGCAAACCGCCCAUCUGCGAAGCCCUCGCCGAGCUCGCCAUCUACACCCACAGCGAGCAUUACGUGGACGAGAACUCGCUCAGCAGUUGCGAAUCGCCCAGUCACAUCUUUAGCAUCAACGAAGGCAGUUUCCUGUCCCUGGUCGAAGACGAGUCGAAGCUGCACAAGGUCCUCAAGCACAACCGGGAUUUCUUCAUGCGCAUCUACCCCAAGGGCCUGCGCUUCGACAGCAGCAACCCGGAUCCGAGCUUCUGCUGGCGCCGGGGCGUGCAGAUGGUCGCCAUGAACUGGCAGAAGACCGACGACCCCAUGAUGCUCAACGAUGCCAUGUUUGCGGGCACCAACGGCUGGGUCCUCAAACCCCCCGCGCUGCUCGGCGACGGCGCGCUUACCGAGACAUCCACCAACAACAGCACGGCCGGGAGUGUGUCCCACAACCGCACCCUCGACCUGCAAAUCACCGUGCUCGCCGGCCAGUUCUUGCCACUCCCCGACGAUCGGAGGAAGAGCAGUGGGUUUGGCAUCACGAGCGACAGGAAGUUCCGGCCCAAAGUCAAGGUGGAGCUGCAUGUCGACAAGCCUCAAAAAUCCCUUACAAGAGAGACGGCGGCCGCGAGGACGGAACAUCCCGACUGGGGACAGAAUGCGAAGAGUCUGGACUUCCUGGGCGUGAAAGGAGUCAUGGAGGAGAUUACUUUUGUGAGAUUCAAAGUUGCUGAUAGCUCGAGCAAUUUUGGAAGCGACCUCGUUGCCUGGGCUUGCAUUCGCCUAGACCGCCUUCAACAAGGAUACCGCUGUCUUGAUCUCUAUCACCCGGUCACUCGUCGGCCUUGCGACGGCAAGUUGUUUGUCAAGAUCAGCAAGGUUUUGAAGGACUAAUAAAAGAAGAUUGCGACGUAUUCCCGUUGGAGAUAGGAAACUACUGCCAUACACUGGCGAGUUUUCGGGUCGGCUUCUUGGUUGCUGCUUAGACUUGCAUCUUUUAUCCUGGUUCAUUAUCUCUUUUGGGAGAGGCACCAUAGGUCAUACAGGCUGAUUCGGGC